AUUUGAGAGCAAAUCUCAGUUCUGAUUGUGAUACUAUAAAUGGAGGGACUAAAUGGUCAUGAAUGAUGCUCUCUACCAUUUGGCAUAAGGAAUUUUGAAAUAUUGUUUUAAUAUUUCUUUUGCUUCAUAGGUGCGUCGAAUGCUAUAUACUCUCCUAUAGGAAGUGCAUGUAAUAUAUUUGAAGCUGCCCCAUCAUCAUGUCUGUCUGUGAGGACAUGCUUCUCUGCAAUUACCGCAAGUGCCGUGUCAAACUUUCCGGCUAUGCGUGGGUCACGGCCUGCUCUCACAUUUUCUGCGACCAACACGGCAGUGGGGAGUUCAGCCGUUCGCCAGCCGUCUGCCCGGCUUGCUCCAGCGCCCUCUCCGGCAAAUUGGAUAUUGUCCGGACAGAACUCAGUCCUUCUGAGGAAUACAAGGCCAUGGUUUUAUCUGGACUGCGGCCAGAGAUUAUCCUAGACAUUAGUUCCAGGGCUCUGGCUUUUUGGACCUACCAGGUUCAUCAGGAGCGUUUGUACCAAGAAUAUACCUAUAGCAAAGCACAGGGCCACCUGAAACAGAUGGAGAAAGUCUACACCCAGCAACUGCAGAGUAAAGACAUUGAGCUGUCCUCCAUGAAAAGCGAGGUCUCCUCUUUGAAGAAAGUCCUGGAGGAAUACAAAAAGAAAUUCACAGAACUCUCGGAGAAACUCAUGGAGCGCAACCGCCAGUACCAGAAACUGCAGGGAUUGUAUGACAGCCUGCGUUUGCGCAACAUAGCAGUAGCCAGCCAAGAAGCCGCCCAAGAGCCUCCCAUGAUGCCUCAGCCUGCUGUCUUUGGUUUCCCUUUGGGUAAUAUUACCAGACGCCCUGGGGACACGACCCCCACAAGUAUCCAGGGCCAGCAUGGCGAGGGAGACUUCCAUUUCAAACCUUUCUUCGACUCUUCUCCACCAAUGGUUGAGUCUGGGCACAGCUUCUUUUCCUUCGUUUCACCUGGCAACAAUCCGGAACAACAACAACCGGGAGGCAAUAGAGCCUACAAGAUUAAGAGAAUGUGAACGGCAAUAUGUGUCAAUCUUCUUGCUGCUGACCUUUUUGAAAUUCUAAUUUAAGCAUCAUUUUUUCCCUAAAAUUUUAUGUUUUAAACAAAGGAAAUACAAACUCAGUGAAAUUCAGAAGGUGUUGUUUGACUCUCAAAUCAUCCCUGCCAUAGAAACCUUAAACCAAGGCAACCAAUAUUGAAGAGCAGAUGUUCCAGUGACAAUUCUUGUUGAAGACUUCUUGCUUCUGUCAUGCCCACAUAUUUUGUGUUCUUGUUAUUGAUGUAGCCAUAGAGGCCACCCCUCAAAAUGUAUUAUUAUGGCUCUGUUUGUGAUAUGAUGUAUAUUUCCUAAAGUAAAAUAUGUUGAAGACUG